UUGGGCGCGCGGGCGCUGUUUACCGUUGAACGGGACGGGGUGGGCGGAGCCGGGAAGAAAGGGCAAUUGUGGCGUCAGCGUUUAACCGACAGAAAUAAACGGCCGCUGUCGAUACCGGUCAGUGUGUGAUUGCACCGAGUCCUACUGCUCGCCCUCGCCUCUUGACGCCAGAUCAGCCCCGAUCCCGGAGGAAGGGCUUCACCCCGACUCAGACAUGCACCAGUCCUGCCAGCGGGCCGUCGCCACCUACCCCGACCGCACCGGCGAACAGUUGGAGAAGGAGCUCCACGAUGGCCUUGAGGAGGGCAAGGAGCGCUUCAAGGACCUCAACGACCGCUUCGCCAAGUACAUCAACAGCACUGUCCUCUGCCUUCUGCGCCGCAACAAGGAGCUGCUGGCCGAGCUCAGCAACGCCGAGAAGGACCAACCUGGCCGCUCCGAGGCCAUCUUCCAGAAGGCGAGGAACGACCUCAAGUGCCGGCUGGAGGAGCAGCAGAAGGAGCUCAACUGUCUCAAGGCAGACAAGGAGAAAUACAAGAAAAGAUUGGAAAAAGAAAUACAAUUAAGAAAGGAAGCUGAAAAAGAUUAUGAAGAUUUAAGAAAGAAAACUGAUGAAACCAGUGUUGCAUUGGAUAAACUUCAACGUAAGGUUAAGCUUACUGAAAUACAGUUAUCUCAGUUAGAAGACAUACGUGAUCAGGAAUGCAUUUAUUGGCAGAAGAAGGUAGAGCACAUGCAAAGCCUUGAACAGGGAGACACACACAAGGCAGAUCUAGAACAAGCUCUAAAAGAGAUUCAUUCUGAACAUGAAGAGCUUGCAAAGAGAAAUAAAGAGAAUAUGGACAAAUAUAAGCAAAAGUUUGAGGAAGGCAGCACCAGGGCACUAGAAAAUGCCAAGAAGGAACUAGAAUGUUAUCGCAAAGAAAUGAAUGAACUAAAAUUAAAAGAUGAACUAAUGAAGAACUCGCUGUUAGAAAAGGACAAAGAUAUAUUCAGACAGAGAGAAUGCAGUAAGGUUCUGGAGAAAAGGAUUGUCCGUCACACAAAUGAAUAUCAGGAACUGUUGAAUAUAAAGACACAGCUAGAGCAAGAGAUAGUCACUUACAAAAAUUUACUGGGUCAAGUGGAACGGAAAGCAAGGGACUACUCAUCUCAGCCAGCAAUAAUUAAAAAAGAAGAGGCAAGAGAUACAAAUGACACAUGUCUAAUAUCUUCAUCUGAUGAAGAUAGGGAAUCUGAGGACAAUGAAGAUCUGUGUGCUCUGGAUCAAGACUAAAGCUGGUCUGUUGAAAACCAAAUGGCUGCAGAUCAGAGUCCCAUCUACUCAACAUUCUCACCUAUAAGAGAUCGAAGCCUUAAACACAUCACCAAAAUAUUGACAUGUUGCAAUUUACAUUAUUUUAGUAAAUGUGUAUGAAAGUUCACUAAUUUUGCUUGUUUCACAUGUGGAUUAUCUGGGAAAUAAAGUUUAACGUA